GAUGCUGAUGAUGCUUUUGUCCUCUCAGGAGCAGGUGGGCAGGGUCAAGUGGGGCUGGGACACACGAGAUCCUGAGUGUGACCUUCUGAGGAGCGAGACUGUGCAAGAGAACGUCUCUUCAUUUGUUCUACCCUCUAACUCUUCUUCACGGAAUCGCUGCAAAACUUCCUCGUUGUCUGUGCGCCCUCUGCCGUCCUUCUCCUCAGCCUUUCGGGAUCGUCCUGCACCACCCUCCUCCUGCCAUCCCGUUCCUAAGGGGCGGGUCUUGUGUGGCGUCUGCGGAAAAAGCUUCUAUGACAAAGGUACAUUGAAGAUCCACUACAACGCUGUCCAUCUGAAGAUCAAACAUGGCUGCACGGUGGCGGGCUGCACAAUGGUCUUCAGCUCGCUGCGCAGUCGAAAUCGACACAGCGCUAACCCCAACCCACGUCUUCACCGCGGCAGCACCAAAGAUGUCCGAGACACGCACACUGCGCACAACUCCAGGCCCAGGUCCCAGCAAGCCUCAAUGGUGGGUUCACCUGCCUGUGUAGCUCCCUCCCUCGGUAACUCGCCCAUCGCCGUGACAGUCUGCCACUCGUCCCCACGUGACAGCACAGUUGCCGAAGCUCGCACCAGCCUGCCACCCAAUCAGCAGCGGCUUUGUGAGUCACGUGACAGCAUGCCCAAGAAGAAAUCCAGAAAGUCUAGCAUGCCCCUGAAAGUCGAGUGUCGAACAUUUCAAUAAACGUUUACUGUACUGUACUUGUGACGUAAACGAUGUAUUUGGCGCCCACUAUUGGACAAUUGUAUCUAUUACAGCAUGUGCAUAUUUACCGGCUUGCUUUUACCCUCUUACUGUCAACUGGCGGACGGGUAGCUGCAAAUAUCAGUCAGAUCGAUACUAGCUUGAUGAGAUCAUUGUUUUCAGUACUCUUUUAUGUUUAUUUUCACAAAUAUGUGUUUUUUGUUGUGCUGUUGAUAUUUACAUCGUUGAUAUUGUUAUAUUUACUGUAUUUAAUGUUACAAACUCAGGGAAGAAGUUGUUGGACACCAGAGGGCGUUGAAGGAUUUGAAUGAGAGCCAAUAAUAUCUUUUGCGUUUCUUUACUUAUUUUGCACUAUUGACUUUAUUUUUGCUCAAACAACUGUAUAUAAGAAAAAUGAAUAAUUUUAUGAUUUUAUAUAAUAUUGUCACAUUGUCUUAUGGUGUUGUAUUUAUACAUUGUUAAAUUGUUCACGAUUGUGUGUUGAUAAAAUAAUUAAAACCUUUGUCCUGUGUUUUAUUUUAUG